AACCCUUCUCAUUAUCACCAUCUUGCAGUUGCAGACUACAACUCUAGCAGAAGCCAGAAACUCUGCGUAGUGUGUGUUCCUUAAAAGCACCAAUGGCAAUGUGUCAUGCACUGCGAAACUCUCUAUUCACAUCUUCUCAAUUGAAGCUCAUAAUACCCACCGAAAAUAAGACACACUCCUCCAAGUUGAGAAGAGGAAUCAUGUGUUGCUCCCCUUCCAAUUCCACCCCUAGUUCUUCAGUUUCAACCACAAAUACGACGACAUCGAACUUGGGUCCUCCGAUUAUUAAAAAGAGGAAGCGAUACAGGAAGCCAUACCCAGGAGAGAAACAGGGUAUCACUGAAGAAAUGAGAUUCGUUGCUAUGAGGCUUCGUAAUCUCGAAGGAAAAAACAUCCGCGAGUCUGAUAACAGUGAUGAUGAUGAUGAUGAUUCCCAAAAUUCACAAGACUGUAACGUUUCCAAAGAAGAAGAAAACACGGGUGAGGAGGGUGAGGGUGAUGGGGAGAGUUGGGUUCCUAGUAUGGAAGGUUUCAUUAAGUACCUGGUCGACAGCAGGCUCGUUUUCGACACUAUCGAACGUAUUGUUGAUAAAUCCGAUGACGUUUCUUAUGUUUAUUUUAGAAAAACUGGAUUGGAACGAUCAGAGGGUCUUGCAAAAGAUCUUGAAUGGUUUACCCAACAUGAUAUUGCUAUUCCUGAACCUAGUACUCCUGGAGUUUCAUAUGCCAAAUAUUUGGAGGAUCUUGCAGAGAAGAGUGCCCCUUUGUUUCUCUGUCAUUUCUACAAUAUAUAUUUCUCACAUAUAGCAAGUGGGCAAGUGAUAGCAAGACAGGUGUCUGAGAAGCUUCUAGAAGGGAGAGAGUUGGAAUUCUAUAGAUGGGAGGGAGAUGUUCAAGAAUUGCUGAAGGGAACACGUGAGAAGCUCAAUAUGGUUGGAGAGCACUGGUCCCGAGAUGUGAAAAACAAAUGUUUAAAAGAAGCAACAAAGUCCUUCAGGUAUUUGGGGCAGAUAGUCCGAUUGAUCGUCUUGUAAAGCAAACUUGUUUUCGCAUUCAACAGUUUUCGGAAGUUCGCGCUGGGUAGCAUUAAUCCUGUUGUGGCCAACUUAACACCUGUCUCUAGGUGGUCAACUUCGCAAACAAGCAGGAGUGCGGUUCCCAUAUGAAGCAACUCGACAUGGGAAGCAACGUGUGUUUUGAGCCAUGUGAAGUGGCGGAUCUCCCCCCAAUCUCAUUUCUUUACAAGGCCAUGCCUUCAGAACCUAGCAUUUGUUUCUGAUGCUUUCUUCUUCUUCUUCUGAAUCAUAACUGUUUAACAGACUCUGUUCAACUGGUAAAACGAUGGACCAAAACUGUUGUUGACUAACACAUGUAAUACAUCAUGUUAUCUAUGUUACAACACGAGCUUUAAAUUCUCUA